UCAAUCAUUAGGAUGGAAGUGAGGAGUGUACUAGUCCAUACUUUCUAUAUACACCACCAUAUUACUUAAUCUGGAAAGACCAUUCAGCUCCAUUAAACUAUACUAGUAGUAUAUAUAUUGCCUCUCCCAAAGGAAGCAGCAGACUUUAGAAAGCGACAGCAGGACACAAUAUCUAGGCGUAUCCACAAACAUCCCCACUAUUAUAAGUCUGUAUUAUCUAGGGUCUACAUACGGGUUGGAAAUUAUCAAUUUUAGCUCAAGCACAAGUAGCUGCAUUUGAUUUCGGUUUCAAAGACCUAUUUCUACGUGUUCAUAUAAUUAAGUGAGAAGAUAAAGUGGCGCCGUAAGUUUAAAAAAGAAGAUGAGGAACAUGGCCAGUUCUGCCUCAUCCAAAGGCAUCGCCGCAAUUGUGGGCGUAGGGCCUAAUCUUGGCCGUUCCAUCGCUCGCAAGUUCGCCCACGAAGGCUAUACAGUCGCUAUACUCGCCCGUGACUUGGGUAGAUUAUCAAGAUUUGCUGACGAGAUAGCAAGAGAAGAAAAGGCGCAAGUGUUUGCUAUCCGAAUCGAUUGCUCCGAUUCACGAAGCGUAAGAGAAGCAUUUGAGGGAGUUUUAUCUCUUGGUUUUGUGGAAGUCUUGGUUUACAAUGCAUACCUGCCAGUUUCUUGGAACCCCACAAAUUUUACAGACAUUAAGGUCGAACUUUUUGAAAAAUCGAUAGCCGUUUCCUCCGUUGGGGCCUUCCACUGCGCUCAACAGGUACUACCAGGAAUGGUGGAAAGAGGAAGAGGGACGGUUCUCUUCAGUGGUUGCUCAGCUUCUCUUAAUGGCAUUGCCGGCUACUCUGAAUUAUGCUGUGGAAAGUUUGCAAUGAGAGCCUUAUCGCAAUGUCUAGCAAGAGAGUUUCAACCACUUGGAAUACACGUGGCACACGUCAUCAUCCACGGCAACGUCGGCGCAUCUCGGGGAUCAAUGGUAUCGACUUCACAGAAUAGACUGUUGGUUGGUGAACAACAGCAACAACAACAAAGUGGAGGAAGGGACGGUUUGAUGGAUCCGGACGCGCUGGCACAGACCUACUGGCACUUACACAUUCAAGACAGAUCUGCUUGGACACAAGAGAUCGAUCUCCACCCCUCCAAUCCAAGAUACAUGUAGAAAGAAAUGAAAUACCUGCCUUUUCUUGAAUCAUUAAUAAUUCAAAUGCCCAUAUGUUCUUUUCCUUUGUUAUGUGAUUCUGGUUAACAACAAAGUGGCAAGGCUCAAAGCUGAGUCACUGCCAUUAAUGUCGCCCAUGUGUACUAUAUAUAUGGCCUACUAAGUUAGACAUUUUCGAUUUAGUUGUGGUAUUGUGUGAUUGAUUGGGACACUAUGUAAAUUUGAUUUGCUUUGGAAUUGUAAAAGUAGAAUUUGAAGGAACAUGAA